CGGCACCUAAAACGGAAAUGAAGCCUUUCAACCCGGCCUGCAAUACUUGCUGCAUCAAAAAGAGGCGCUGCGAUCGCGUAAAACCAGUAUGCUCGGGAUGCAUCAAGAGAGGCCUGUCCGACGCGUGUUUCUACCGCACAGAGGACAUGCCCGCGGCCUUGAGGGACCCCAGGCGCGGGAAAACGCAUCAUUCCUGGCCUUCUCCACCGAUGGUGGUGGUCAGCUCGCCGCCUGCUGUAACACCAUUUUCUAGACUGGAGACGCCAAAACAGGGUCUAGAGUGGAGCUCAGGGGAGACUUCAGAAGCAACCCGCGAGGAGAACUCAGGGAGCUCAGAGAUCCUAGAAGUGAAGCCAGAGGAUGUUUCAGAGGAGAGCUCAGACGAGAAUCCAGAGGUCAAGCCAGAAGACGACUCAGAGGAUAGCUCAGACGAGGAUCUAGAGAUGAAGCCAGAGGAGGAUUCAGAGGAGAGUGCAGAUGAAGACCCAAAGGUGAAGCCAGAGGACAUCUCAGAUUCAGAGCAGAGCUCAGAGGAAAGGUCAAAGACGCGAGAAAGAACAUUUUCUGGAUUCUCCCCCGAGUUCUCUAGAUUUUCCUCCGAGUUCUCUAGAUUCUCGUCUGAAAGAGCACCCAGUCAUGAUAGGCAAGAUAACCUUGAUGAUAUCGAAGUGUCUUCAGCUCAUUCAGAUGAAAGCUUUCACACGGCUGUACUGCCACAUGAACCUCCCACACCCAACGCUAAUGGACCGCGACCCUUCCAGAUCGCGGGACAAAAGGAAACCCAUGAGCAGACAGACCGACUGGGUGAAGAAAAUGGAAGAGACCCUCCAUUGACGCCGCGCAGAUUCAACCCAAUUAAUGACGUUCGCUCUCCCGCCCACGAUCCGAAAUGCCGUCAGUCUUCUGAACAGAUCACCCCCGACCUAGCGGAUCGUCUCGUGGCGGCGUAUCUGACCCAUGAGUACGCGAACCUGCCGAUUUUUGAUCUGACGGAGUUUCGCUCGUCUUACGAUAUCAUCCGAAUGGGACAGAACAUAUCCGCGGGGUCUGGCUCGUUCCACGGUCUCCUGAUCACGAUUUUUAGUCUCUCCGGCUUGACCUGCCAUGACGUCGGGGAGACAGACCUUUCGUCUCUAUUUAAAUACGGCCAGGCUGUUUCUCGAAACUUCGAUUCUCACAGCACGCCAGCGGAGCGAGCUCAAUCUUACAUACUCCAAAGCCAGUAUCUGUACGCCAGUGGCGACCCAAGAGAGGCCUUGACUUCGAUUGGCUUCGCAAUCCGAAUUGCCCAGGUCCUAGGCUUGGAAGUCCGGACGCGGGAUCGACAUUCUAGAGACCACGAACUCGCCCGACGACUCUGGCACGGUGCCAUGCUCCUGGAGCGCAUGAUUGCAUUUCAAUUGCGACACCCGCUAGAGACCCUUCGCAGGUUUCGCGUCCCGUUGCCCACUCAUAUGGACACGGACUACAUCGACGCAAUCUCGAAGGAAGCCCCCUCCCCAGAUGAGGAGCGCGCAUCCAUCGUCCAAUUCUUGGUGGCCUGUGUUAAGCUCUACGAACAUGUGGGCGAGAUCCUGACGUGGGAAGAGAAAAUGAAAAUGCGACGAGGAAGCUGCGCUGCGGAAAAGCUGCUCUUGUUACACACCAGCACCCUGCUUCAUCUGGACGCUUCGUUGUACCAAUGGCAGACGUCCCUCCCGUCUUUUCUGCAGAAGCCAGGGCCAGAAAUGCAGCCCAUUCAUCCUGUUGUCCGUCGCCAGCGGGCUAUCCUCCGCGUACGCUACCUCUACGUUCGCCUGCGGCUCUUCCGGCCUUUGCUGAUACUGGGGUUGGCAGCGUGUGAUAAAUGCAGCUGUCAGGCCGGCAGCAACCCUCAUUUCAGACUGGAAGAAUCGUCGCCUGACUGUCCACUCGCGCUCUCGGUAAUCCGCGACUCUUCUCUCAAGUGCAUUGCCGCCGCUCUAGAGCUUGUGACUCUCUGUGAGCAUGAGCAAGAAUCGAUUUCUCCUUCCUGGGAGAUCCUGGACUACCUGUACGUUUGCGGUACGGUCUUCCUUGCCGCUCAAUCCUGUCCGUUUCUCUCCGCGGGUUCGCGUGGCCAGCCUGACCCGGAGGAAAUGGAAUUGUCGCUCGGUCGUGUCCUCGACCUUCUCGAAUCGUACCAGAGCAUCCAUCCUAGCGACCGCAUUUACGACAUCGCGCAACGGUGUCGGCGUACCCUCGAGAGCGUUUCGGCGAUCGUCGAGGGAUCGGACGAGGCUGCUGUUUUCGACGACGAUCGCUCCCGUCGUCUUCUGGAGCGGAUGAAGAUGUGCAAUCCUGGUGAUAAUGACGAGCCAGGGCAAAGCGACUCGAGUCGACUUGGACUUUUUGGCUGGCUGGGCAGUUUACCCGAUGAUUUGGCGGGAGAGUUGGAGUAGUGUGUUGAUACGAUACCCUUAGAACUUGUACUUUUGUUUUCUUUUUCUUUCUUUCUUUUGGGAUAUUGGAUGUAUGAUACUUUCACGAAGCAUUGAAUCUGU